UACCGUCCGUGUUCGGAACGAAGUGGACUUUCCAAUGUUUUUUGUAUCGUUGACGCUGGCGAAUGACGGCCUCUGUAUUGCUUACCUUUAUGCGAAUGGUGUCUGACCACACUGGGGAGGUCUCCAUACAUUGAUAAGGAGCUUCACAAAUUGGCAUUGAAUUUACAUUUAUGUAUUUGGCAAAAGCUUUUCUCCAAAGCGAUGUUACGGGUCAGAGUAAACAAAAGUGCAUCAGCAGCAGAGAGCUUAGAUAUGCGCAGAAUUAUUGAAGUGCGGCUGUAGUCACGGCACGCGUAUUCCAACAGGUAGAUAUUAAAGUGCCGUACUAGUGUAGGUGGAUGAAAAGGAAGGUUUUCAGGAGCUCGGGAGAGAAAUGGGUCUGAAAGAGAGGCAUUUGGAGAAACUUCCUAAAAACAUCGGGCGGGACUCAGCAGUCGUGAGGGACAGAGGGAGUUCAAAAUGCAACACAUCACUGAGAACUAGUAGGCCUUAGAUUGUGGGUUCCUGACCCUGGGAUUGAGUAAAAGCCCAUGUGCACAGCAGGGCGCCUUUCCCGGAAGCCCCCUUACCACGAUUUCUGGCUCCACUUAAGAGGACAAGAGGGUAUCUCUAUCCGCGCGCCUAGACGCGAGCCCCGUGCUGGCUGCGCCGGACAGCAGUGACCCCGCGAACGGAGCGACCCGGGGCGGGGGCCGCGUGUCCAGCAGCAGCCCAGCAGCGGCGCUCCAAGCCCAUAAAGCUAUUUUGAACGCGACCCCCCCCCCCCUGCGGCGCGGGGGCAGAGUCCGGAGCAGCUGUCCGUAAUCAUGACCCAAGAUGACGGAUACGGUCGUCGUGGAGGGACAAGCCAAGCUGAGGGAUGGCAAAAAGUGGAAGAGCAGGUGGGUGGCUCUGCGCAAACCUUCCCCGGUAGCAGAUUGCCUUGUACUUUUGGUAUACAAAGACAGAACAGAGAAGACCAAGGGCCACAAGGAGCGCUGCAGCAUCACGCUGGAGGACAUUUGUGGGCUGGACCCGGGCCUCUCCUUCGAGGGGGUCAGCUUUACUCUCACCAUCCUCUGCCUCUCCCAGGCUGUCAUGCUAGGCUUCGAUAACAAGGAGACCCUUCUGGCCUGGGAUGUCCGCAUCCGCUACAGCCUGGGGGAAGUCCACAGGUUUGCAGUGGGAGUGCAGCCAGGCACCAAGCUGGAGAGCGGGCCUGCCAUCCUGCACCUGUGCAACAACCUACUGGUGCUGGCGAGGGACGUGCCUCCAGCUGUCAUCGGCCAGUGGAGGCUCUCGGACUUGCGACGCUAUGGAGCCGUGCCCAAUGGCUUUGUCUUUGAGGGGGGCACACGAUGUGGCUACUGGGCUGGCGUGUUCUUUUUGUCCUGUGUGGAGGGGGAGCAGAUCAGCUUUCUGUUCGACUGCAUCGUCCGAGGCAUCUCUCCGACCCGCGGGCCCUUUGGACUGCGCCCAGUCCUGCCAGACCCUAGCGUUACGCCGUCUUCCAUGGAGGACCGUGUGAAGCAUGAGGCCCAGGAACUGGAGAAACGACUCAGUCUCCUGUCUCACUGCAGCCGUCAGAGCAGCACAGCCUCUACCUCCAGCUAUGGUCCGUCAGUAGCGAGCGAUGAACGCAGUGUCUCCAGCUCUUCCUCGGAGACCAGCCACUCCGACACCAGUCUGGGAAGCCGCCUUGCUCUGUGGGCGGAGCCUGGUCCUGUGAGUGGUGCCAAGACCCCUGCACCCCAAGAGGCCAUGGGCCCACCCCCUGGUAAAGGCCCACCACCGAGCGAGGAGAGCCUCUGCGCAGCAGUGGCGGUAGUGACGCGACCUCCACCCAAGCCGGUUCGCACCCGUGGCCUGCAAGAGAUUGGCCGGCAGAGCUCCUCGGACAGCGGCAUUGCCACUGGGAGUCACUCCUCCUACUCGGGCAGUUUCUCCUCUUACACAGGGAGCCUGGACAUUGGCCAGGGGGAUGAAUUUGGCUCUCUUCUCAGUCUGCCAGAGCAGAACCUGUGCACCUGUCCGCCCUACGAGUACCAGGUGCCUGGUUCGCUGAAGCACCGCUAUGACACGCCCAGGAACCUGCUGCAGGCCUCCCAGCUGCCUAGGGACCAGGUUGCUGCAGGAGGGGAUAUGAGGGGAGGGCCCCCAGAGAUGGCUGUGCCCAGGUGGCCCCCAACACCCUCGAGACCUGAGCUGACAGAGGAGGGCGAGGUUUCUGUAGACACCAUUUGGAAGUGGCCACCUCUGCAGACACUUGGGCUGAACCUGGACUCGCAGGGCAGUGAGGGGGCGCCCCCUUAUGGUGCAUUCGCAGAACCCCGAGAGACCUUCAGCCCUCAGGCUGGAGUACCAAGGUCACUCUUCACAGCCUGCUCCAUCUGUGGAAGGCUGAAGUGCAAUCAUACAUUUAAUCUAAACUACAUUACCCACGAGCAAUGGUGCUCAUCAAAGAAAAAAUGUAGUGCCCAGGGAACAACACUUCUGCACACAGGGAUCGCACCCAUGCCAGCUGUCCCAGACAAGAAACCAGUGAGGAAAGAGGAGAGGGUCAAGGGAGGUAUGGCCUAUGAAACCAUGGAAGGACGAGGACUGGAGAGGACCGCUGAGACAGAGGAGAGAAGUAGCUACGAGUUGAUGGGCAGCUGUGGGCAGCAGAGGUUCUACACUGACACAGAAGGUGGGGUUGCUGCAUUAGGACUGUCAGGCACAGGGAAGAUCCACAGACCGAGUUUGGCCACAGAUCCCAAAGGAGGCUAUGAAUUGAUGGCCUCUGCCGUUGACACACCAAAGAGAGGGGAUCUGAGUCCAGGAGAGUACGGGGGUAUGUUUGUGUUCCCGCCGGACAUGGCAGCAUUGUUGGACAGGCCCCGCGGAGACGGUGUAACUUAUGUCAACAUUCCCAUCAGCCCUGCGUCCAAGAAACAGCUUCACUACAUGGAGCUGGAGCUGCAGGAGCCCAGCUGUGGAGUUCGAGGUAACAGCACCCCCUGUCCCUUCACAAGUGCUGCCUUGCCGUAUGCUAUAGGGCGGCAACAUCGUUUGACACAGAAGUCAAGACGUGCAGUUUGUGCCAUGAUUUGUCUGCUUGUGAUGCAGGUAAUGAAUCUCUAAUUGCACUUAAUUAUCGCACACGGGAUCACAUCCAGCCCUUCUCAUUGGCCACGUGGCACUGCCCCGGAGAUAAGCGAGUGCCCAAAGGCCUUAUGUCACUAAAAUUGCGUUGACAGAAAAUCUUUCGUUAACAUAAUUGCUUUUCUUGAUAUGAAUACACACACACACACACACACAUUUUCAGAACCGCUCGUCCCAUACGGGGUCACGGGGAA